AUGCUCCUUCUACUGACCAUACUCCAAGCCUUGGCUGUAGCCAUAGUCCAGAGCCAAGGAGAUGAUAAAAUUCUUGGUGGCUACACAUGUGUUCAGAACUCCCAGCCAUGGCAGGUUGCUCUGCAAGCAGGACCUGGGCGUCGCUUCCUGUGUGGAGGAGUCCUGCUGUCAGACCAGUGGGUCAUCACUGCUGCUCAUUGUGCCCGCCCGCUUCUUCACGUAGCCCUGGGCAAGCACAACCUAAGAAGGUGGGAAGCGACACAGCAGGUGCUGCGUGUGGUUCGUCAGGUGCCUCAUCCCCAGUACCGACCCCAGGCCCAUGACAAUGACCUCAUGUUGCUGAAGCUACAGAGGAAAGCGCGGCUGGGACGAGCGGUGAGGACCAUCCCAGUGGCCAGCUCCUGUGCCAGCCCAGGGACUCCAUGCCGAGUGUCAGGCUGGGGGACCACAGCCAGUCCCAUUGUCAGGUACCCCACUGCUCUGCAGUGUGUGAAUGUCAACAUCAUGCCGGAGCAGGUAUGCCAUCGAGCCUACCCUGGAAUCAUAACCUCUGGCAUGGUCUGUGCCGGGGUCCCCGAAGGCGGGAAGGAUUCAUGUCAGGGUGAUUCUGGGGGACCACUGGUGUGUCAGGGACAGCUCCAGGGUCUCGUGUCCUGGGGAAUGGAACGUUGUGCUAUGCCUGGCUACCCAGGGGUCUACACCAAUCUGUGCAAUUACCACAGCUGGAUCCAGAGGACAAUGCAAAGCAACUGA